AUGGCACCUACUCAACUUGAAAUCAAAGAAAGAGCACUUAAAAGACUAUGCAAAGAAGAAAAGUUCUACCAGAAAGAACUAGAAGAUCAGAAAGAACACGUAAAAAAGUUAGAAGCUGAUCCAUCCGUUGAUUCAUAUGACUUAAAAAAACAAAUUGAGGUACAACAAGACACUGAGAGGCUACUUCCAGAACUCUAUAAAAAGAUCAGAGAAUUCAGGGAUGAUCUUGAGAAGUUCUUAGAGUCUUACGAGGGAACAGAAGAUUUGGAACCAGCCAAAGCUGCUAUAGCGGAAGCAGAUAUUUUGCUAAGUAAAUGA